AUGGCAGGGCGCGAUCCGAGCCAGGUACCCAUGGCCGAGUCAAAAGUUGACAAUGUGCGCAUCGCAGUCGAGAAGGAGCUCGUCGCCGAAGUCGGCCCGCAUGGACUCUCGUCCUUCUUCGUUACCACCUUCGUCCUCGCCGUUCAUCUCACAAAUUGGGCACCCGACGUGAUCUGGAUCGGGCUGGCCGUGUUUUACGGCGGCGUGGGUCAGUUCGUGGCGGGCAUGUGGGAGUUCAAGCGCGGCAACGUCUUCGUCGCCACCUCCUACUCCUCCUACGGCUGCUACUGGAUGGCCGUCGCCAUGCUCAUGCUGCUCGACAAACUCGGCCUCGCGCCGGCGGGGUUCGAGACGAUGAAGGCGCUGGGGUGGUUCCUGACGGCGUUUCUGGUGUUCAACACGUACAUGACGUUCCUGACGCUGCUGCUCUCCAAGGUCGCCUUCGUCACCUUCUUCCUGCUCGAGCUCUUCUUCCUCUUCCUCGUCAUCGGCUGCUUCCGCAACCACGCCCCCGGCCACGGCUGGACCGCCGCCUCCGGCUACGCGCUGCUCCUCACCUCAAUCGCUGGCCAAUGGCAUUCCGCCUCGUCUGCUCACAGUUUCCCUCCUCGCUUUCUCCCCCUCGCCCCCCCGUCCUUCCCCCCUUUUCCCCCUUCGAUCGCGCCAGCGCUGUACAUGGCGGCGGCGUCCUUGUUCAACACGCUGGCCAACCGCACCGUGCUGUGGGGAGGCUCGCCGCUGCUCAAGCUCUCCAAGGGAAACUGA